GCACACAUAAAUUAGGGCAAAUGUCGGCUGACUAUUUCAGAUUUUCUAUUAAUUAAUGUAUGUAAAGUAAUUCUUUUUUUAUAUUUAUUCCAAAAAUAUGACUACUAAGACGAAAUUAAAAACUGUUGAGAAAAAUGGUAGUGUCAAAAUUCCAAAAGUUGAAUCCAUUUGGCAUAAAUGUAUUACCUCGAAUUCAGAAUGGCCAGAUAAGGAAGAAUUUUUAGAUGUAAUUUAUUGGGCAAGACAGGCUAUGGGUAUCAUUUUAGGUGUAGCGUGGGGCCUUAUUCCACUAAAAGGAUUUGUUGCGAUUUUACUGUUUGUGCUAGUAAAUGCUGGAAUUAUUUAUUUUUAUUGUACAAGUUUUCAAUGUGUAGAUGAAGAUGAUUAUGGAGGCGCUUGGGAAUUAACUAAAGAAGGGUUUAUGACUUCGUUUGCUGGUUUUCUGGUAACGUGGAUUAUAAUUUAUUCUGGUUUAAAUUACGAUAAUCAUUCCGUAUGACAAAACGAUUUAGUUAAAGUUGCAAUUUCAACCAAAUAAAGAAAUCGUUAAUACCGUG